UCUCCCUCUCUCUCUCUCUCUCUCUCUCUCUCUCUGCAUGGACCUCAGCUUCACCAGAAUCACCACUGUGAACAGUGGAAAGAUUUAUGGCAGCAGUGACCAGUAAAAACUCAUCACUGUACUGUAUGUAGCUCUGCUGAAUAACAGUUGGGUUUGCUUGUGAUAAUGCCAUGGAGAUUAUUACCAUUCCUUCAUGAAAAGGGAAGGUUUUAGAUUUACAUUUUGUCUUUCACGUGUGUAUGGAAAUGGCAAUCUCAGAAAGCAGCUUCAAUUUCUUUCACUCUCUUUCCCCUUCUUGGUUUCUCAGAAACUUUCGUGAAUAUCAAAACAAGUUGCCAACUUUGCCUCGAAAACUAGAGAGCAAAGACAACGAGAGAUUCCUCUGAGGUCUCCACCCUUUUUUUGUUCGCCCACGCUUUCUCUAUCUCCUUCUCUGGCUCUUUACCCCUUGGAACAGUCUUCUGAAACUGUGGGGUGGGGUUCCUUUUUUGGUUAGAUAAAUAAAAUGGGGUGUGUUGCCUCAAAGCUUGAGGAGGAAGAAGAAGUUGUGUCCAUUUGCAGAGAAAGAAAACGGUUGAUAAAGCUAGCAGUAGAGAGAAGAUAUGCGCUUGCAGAUGCACAUUGCAGGUACUGUCAAUCUCUCUACGCUGUUUCAGCCGCCAUUAAACUGUUCGUCGCGAGGCAUUCUUCUCCUCCCUCACCAUUUCUCAUCACUUUCCCUCCUCCAUGUCCCUCUCCGCCAUUGCCACCGAGUGAUCACCAGAAAGUCAUAACCAACCCUAUGUUCCUUCAACAGGCGCCUUCAGAGGCAAACCAUGAAGCCGUCAAGUGUAGGUCUAGUGGGUCGUCAACUCCGAUUUCUUCAGAAGAAGAAGAAGAAGAAGAGGAAGGAGGAGGAGAGACAAGGUCUGAGGGUGAUGUGGAGAAACGAGAAGGAAAGGAGCAACCUUUUGGGUAUUUCUACAUGCAAAUGCCUCCGCCCAUGCCAUCUCCACAGAGGGAUUUUGGUUGGGAUUUUUUCUACCCUUUUGACACAAUGAGGACAGAGGUUGUGAAUCCUUACCAGAGAUGUCUGAGCGGUGAUGAGGAUGAUCAUUUGAGGGUUGUUAGGGAACAAGAAGGGAUUCCUGAUCUAGAGGAAGAAGGAGAAGAGAAGAAAAUGGUGUCCGUUGAAGAAAAAUGCGGUGCUAAUACUGACAAGGAGCGCCGUGAGAACAAUGGUGAUGAGAUGGUGAAGAUGGAUGGGUCUAACGGUGUCAAUGGUCUGAUUCAGACAGAACAGAAGGGUCUUACGGUUAUAGAUAACCCUGAAAUGGGAAUAGAGCUUCUUGAUGCAUUGAAGGGCGUUGAAGGUUACUUUGUUAGGGCUUAUAACUCAGGCAAAGACGUAUCCAGAAUGCUGGAGGCAAACAUGACCAGGUUGGAGUCUGGUACGGAGGAAAUCAGAGAAAACUCCACAAAAUUGAUACAAGCUAUUGCGUGGCAUCGGUCCACGUCUCUGAAGCCUUCUUCUUGCAAGAGCCUGGCGGCGUCAAGUUCUAAAAGCAGCUCGAUGUGGACUGAGUAUAGCAAUGAUCUGUUUGAUGAUUAUGGAGGAAUGGAUUCUGGGAGCCAUUCUCUGACCCUCGGAAGGAUAUAUGCUUGGGAAAAGAAACUAUUCGAAGAGGUUAAGGCUGGAGAUAGCACAAGGAAGAUUUACGAGAAAAAAUGUGCGAGAUUGAUAAACCAGGACGCGAAAGGGUACGAGGAUCUCACUGCAGACAAAACCAGAGCUUCGGUUAAAGAUCUAUACGCGAGGAUCUUGGUUGCAGUUCGAAGUGCAGAGACGAUAUCCAAGAGAAUUCAAGAUUUGAGGGAUGAAGAGCUGCAACCUCAGAUUAUAGAAUUGCUUAAAGGCCUGACACAAACAUGGAGAGUCAUGAUGGAAUCACAUGAAACCCAGAGCAAGAUUGUCCAUGAAGUGAAGACUUUUGCUUGUCCAUCCUACGGGAAGUUCUGUAACGACUCUCACCGGCUAGCCACCCUGCAGCUGGAGGCUGAGUUGCUGAACUGGCGGGAAUGCUUCACUAAGUAUGUAUCUGCACAGAGAGCUUAUGUGGAAGCUCUCCAUGGCUGGCUAAGCAAGUUCUUGGUUCCUGAAGUCGAGUUUUACUCGAGGGGAAGAGGGUCGGGACUGCCUAUCCAAGCGAGUGGGCCGCCAUUGCUCAUCAUGUGCCGAGACUGGUUAUCUUUCAUGGAGAAGUUACCCCACAAGGGCGUGGCCUACGCUUUGAAAAGCUUCUCAAAGGACGUUAGGGCAUUGUGGACACAACAGGGGGAGGAGCAGCAACAGAAGAGGAAAGUGGAUGGGUUAGCAAAGGAACUGGAUAGAAGGACAGGAGUGUCCCAGAAGGUAGAGACUCGGCUUUUGGAGUUCAAACCUACCGAAGAAGAGAAAUCAGAGUCGGAGAUGGAGAAGCAGAGUGAGUGGAUCACAGAGAAGAACGACGACCAGUUGAAUUUCCUCAGGGAAAAGCUGGAAAUGGAGAAGGAGAAGCACCAUAACUACAUGCAAGAAACACAGAGAAUCACACUGGGUGGCUUUCAGACAGGUUUUGCGGCUGUCUUCGAGUCGGUGACAGAAUUCUCCAAGGCCUCUCUGAAGAUGUACAGUGAGCUCGUGGCUUAUGGAGAGAACGUGAGAAAAGCCGAGAGCCAAUCUUGCAUCGAGGGAGGGCAGCGGUAGCAGAAGAAGGGUGUCGAAUUGUACAUUUGAAUGGUCUGGUCGAAGCAGCUCGCUGAGACAGAAGGACCCGAAAGAAGGAAGGGAAGAUCCCUUUCUUUGUUCUUUCUUCCUGAUGGGAUGUUUGUAAUUGUGACUGUUGUUUAGUUCGUCAUCAUCAUAGCCAUCUGUGUUCUUGCAACAAACAGUACAUACAUGCGAGACUUGUUCUUGAACACUUUCUGGUUU